GUGGUAUAUGGGUUAAAGUUUUUUUUUUACAUUUUAUAGACGGUAUAGUAUAAUCUUUAAGAUUCAACUUAAAUUCUGCAAGUACUAAAAUGGACGGAGUAGAUAAUACAUCGUUUGUGAGCAACGAAAUUCCACGCUUUAGUAGUAGUGAUGACGUGUCGGUGAGUGAUCUGACGUCACAUGAGGUAGAUGACGACGAUUCAUCAGAUCUGUUGUAUAAAGUUGAUGAUGCCCCUGCAUGGUAUGCAUGUGUUGCCUUUGGAAUUCAGCACUAUUUGGUUGCACUUGGGGGCAUGGUGGGGCUACCUUUGCUCCUGGCUGGUCCCUUGUGUAUUCCUAACGAUGACGAUGGAGACGUUGCAAGGGCUUUUAUCAUAAGCACUGUCUUCUUUGUGGCUGGCAUAUGCACAAUGCUACAAACAACUUUUGGGAUAAGGUUGCCAAUCAUGCAGGGCGGUACGUUCAGUUUUCUUCCACCUACACUUGCCAUUCUGUCUUUGCCUCACAAUAAAUGCCCUCCAGCUCUACCUAGUGGAUUUAACAACGUCUCAUACACUCUAUAUAACGACACAGAUGGAAGCAUUAUUGAUGGGACCGAAGUAUGGCAGAGGAGAAUAAGAGAGGUUCAAGGGGCAAUAGCUGUCUCUUCAUGUUUGCAAAUUUUGCUUGGCUUGACUGGUGCUAUUGGUUUUUUACUUCGAUUUAUUGGACCUUUAACCAUUGCCCCUGCUGUUGCAUUGAUUGGGUUGGACCUCUUUUCCACAGCUUAUGGAGAUGCAUCCACGCAAUGGGGAAUUGCAAUGUUCACAUCCUUUGUUCUUAUUCUAUGCUCACAAUACUUAAAGAAUGUGAAUAUUCCAUUUCCACAUUACUCAAUGAAAAAGAAAUUUACUUGGAAAAAAGCUCCAAUUUUUAAGAUGUUCCCUGUACUGUUUGCGUUGGUACUGGCGUGGCUACUCUGCCUUAUUCUAACAGAAUGUAAUGCUCUACCAAGCGACCCAGACAAUCCUGCAUAUAAAGCUAGGACAGAUAUAAAGCUUAACGUUUUGUACAAAGCCCCAUGGUUUCGGUUUCCUUACCCGGGGCAGUGGGGAUUACCCCGGGUGACUCUUGCUGGGGUGAUAGGAAUGAUGGCUGGGGUUGUGGCGGGGAUUGUUGAAUCGAUUGGGGAUUACUACGCAUGUGCAAGACUCUCUGGGGCCCCUAACCCCCCCACCCAUGCUAUUAACAGGGGAAUUCUUAUGGAGGGGUUUGGCUGCUUGCUGGCGGGUGUCAUUGGGACAAGCACGGCUACAACCUCCUUCAGUGAAAAUAUUGGAGCAAUUGGAAUCACAAGAGUUGGAAGUAGAAGGGUCCUGCAAGUAGCUGGCUUCAUCUUCUUCAUCCUUGGGAUGCUUAGCAAGUUUGGGAGCAUCUUCGUCACGAUCCCGGAUCCAGUGAUCGGAGGUUUGUUCUGUGUGAUGUUUGGGAUGAUCGCGGCAGUCGGACUCAGCAACUUGCAGUAUGUGGAUCUUAAUUCACCCAGGAAUCUGUUUAUAAUUGGUUUCUCUAUCUUCAUGGGAUUAACAGUGCCAGAAUGGAUGAAAGCAAACCAAGGUGUUAUACAGACUGGGGUGAUGGAGAUCGACCAAAUAUUAUCUGUGCUUCUGGAAACUUCCAUGCUAGUUGGUGGAAUACUUGCUCUUGUAUUUGAUAACACAAUUCCAGGUACUGAAAGUGAACGUGGUAUUGUAAAAUGGCGAAACGCUAAGAACGGUAAUGAGGUUCUUGACGAGAAAACUUUGCUUCAACAGGAAGCAGAUUGUUACAAACUUCCCUUCCCGACUAAUUGCUGCAGGUUUUCUCGGUAUAUUCCCAUUUUGCCAGAGUUUAUGGGCAGGUACGAUGGAGAUGUAGAAAAAGGACAAAGCAUGAACUUUGUCACCAAGUUUUAAUGUGAAAUGUAGUCUAUUUGUACGUAAAUAAAAAUACAAAAUAUUUU